GAAGAAAAGGAGGACAAAGAGGAGCGAGAGACCAUGCUGAGGAGGAAGAGGAGCGUGUCGUUUGGAGGCUUUGGAUGGAUUGAUAAGUCAACCGUCAGCGCUCUGAGAGCUCGCAAACAGGAGCUCCUGAGCAUCUCCAAUGUUUCUGACGCUGACUGCCCCCCCUCUCCCCCCCGCACCGCCCCCCCCACCAUGAAGUCGGCUCAUUUCUUUGACAUGAUGGAAAAGAUGGAGGACGACUACAUUCCUUAUCCGAGGAUUCAGGAGGUGUUGGAGCGAGGCGGGCCGUACCCUCAGGUCAUCCUACCUGAGUUUGGAGGUUACUGGAUUGAGGAUCCUGAGGCUCCUCCUCCUCCCGCUCCUCCUCCCUCCUCCCUGGAGAUCAGGGGGGAAGAGGAGCAGGAGGAGGAGGACACGCCUGCAGGGGAUUAUGGGUACCGUCUGGAGGAGAUCAACGAGGCUGCACGGGCGUACAGGAAGCACUUCUUGGGCAGGGAGCAUUUAAACUUCUCCUGCUCGGCCAGCAGUCUGGGAAACCUGCUGCUGUCUGUCAGACAUGAAGAAGAGAAGGAGCAGGAGUUCCUCCAUGUCAUCAUCAGGUCUCGGGUGAAGAGCGUCUAUCACAGACUGUCACUGACAGAGCUGCCGGACAUCCCCAGUGUACCUGAACUCGCUAAGCUGCUGUGUGAUGAAGCAGCAGGUCUGCGUUUCAGUCCCGUCCUCUACCCGAAGGCGUCUCAGCUGAUUGUAAACUACGACGAGCACGAGGUGAACAACACCUUCAAGUUUGGAGUCAUUUACCAGCGAUUUGGACAGGUGUCUGAGGAGGAGCUGUUCAGGAACAACGAGGAGACAUCGGCCUUCACAGAGUUCCUGCAGCUGCUGGGAGACACGGUGGAGCUGCAGGACUUCAAAGGGUUUCGGGGGGGUCUGGAUGUGUCCCACGGUCAGACCGGCUCUCAGUCCGUCUACACCGUCCACAGACAGCAGGAGAUCAUGUUCCACGUCUCCACCAAACUGCCCUUCACUGAGGGAGACACACAGCAGCUCCAGAGGAAACGCCACAUAGGAAAUGACAUCGUAGCGGUGGUGUUCCAGGAAGAGGCCACGCCUUUUGUCCCAGACAUGAUCGCCUCCAACUUCCUCCACGCCUUCGUCCUGGUGCAGGUGGAGGAGCCGUGCUCUGACAACACCUGCUACAAGGUGUCUGUUACAGCACGAGAAGACGUACCUCUGUUUGGCCCACCCCUCCCCAAUCCAGCCGUCUUCAAGAAGGGUCCAGAGUUCAGGGAGUUUCUUCUUACUAAACUCAUCAACGCAGAGCUGGCCUGCUACAAGAGCGACCGCUUCGCCCGGCUGGAGGAGCGUACCCGGGCCGCCCUGCUGGACAGUCUCCAUGAUGAGCUGCAGAGACGCUCCCAGAGCAUGCUGGGAUUGACCUCAGGUCUAGAGGAAGAGGGGCGGGCCGAGAACGGCCACGCCCAUGGAGGUCUGCUGGAGUCCAUCAAGAGGGCGAUGCGAGGGCGGAGCGUCUCCAUGGAGACCAUGUCGAGGGGUGGGGCAAGUCUGCCCACCAGUCUGAGUGGGGGGGGUCUGGCACACAUCAGUGCUGAGUGUACUGUGAAAUCUCCGGUGAAGAGACGUUCAGGUCUGUUUCCUCGACUGCUGAGUGUCGACAGUCAAACAGACAAACACAACCACAGAAGUCUCCUCAGUGAGCAGAGAAGCUUCGACAGCUGCCACCCGACACUGGAGGUGAGGUCAGAGCUGCCGUCCAAUCCCAGCUCUCCAGAGGCGGGACAACGAGACAGGAUUCAUGUGAAGAAGGAGAGCAGUAAGAUUUCCAGAUCAACAUCCAGCAGCUGCAGCUUCAGCAUCCCUGCUGACGACACUCACCUGCUCGCCCAGGCUGCGACGGCGGAGGGUCAAAGUUCAAGUCCACUCCUCGUCUGUCGGAGCCCCACAGAGAUGAAAAAUAAAAACUCUCCCAGAUCCAACCUCAAGUUUCGUUUUGACAAGCUGAGCCACUCUGCUGCACAGGGACAUUAAACUGUGACGACAGCAGACGCUCGCAGAAUAACAACAAGAGGACGAUGAGACAAACACAUCAGCCUCCACACAGAGGAAGAGGAGGACGAUGAUCAGACACACACACACACACACACAGGAUUAAAAGGGAAAACACUUCGACAUUCCAUUAAAACUUAAAUGAUGCAGCUGCAUCUUUUCUGCUCAGAACAAAUCGGGCCAGCAGGACUGUGCGUGUCAACACACAAACACACACACACACACUAAAGGUACGGUCACGUUGCACGGCCCUGAAAAGGACGUGAUUAGUAAGUAUUGAUCAGAUCGAUCACAGACUUUGUAGCUUUGUAAAAAACAACCUGAAUUCCUGCUUUGCUCUGUUCGUUAUAACUGCGGCCACUAGACGGCGCCGUCGCCGCAGCAGCAACACUUCUGUUUAUAUGAUACAGAUACAGUCUCACAUUUCAAACACUUCUCUCAUUAUUACGAGUAUUUUUUACCUUUCUAACGAGAAAAUGAGCUCGUCUUUAUGUGAAUAAGCAUCUUGUUAUAAUGACAAAAAUGAUCUCGUUGUAACAAGAAGGUUUUCAUGUUCUAUCGAGAAACUGAGUAAAUAUUUUAAAAAGUACCAAUUCAACAGUUUUAAAAAAUGCAUUACAAGUAAAAAUCCUGCAUUCAGAAUCCUACUUUAGACUUUAGACUUUAGAUUUUAGAUUGAAAAAAGUACAAGAAGCUCAACAGUGUAGUUAAGUGCAGUAAAUCUUCAGACUUCAGUAGAAAACCAGCUGCAGACGGACGUGUUAAUGUGAUCGAACCUUUAAAACUGAUCCGUCUCUAAAAAUGUCUCUAAUUAUUCUCCACAGAUCAUCUGCUGCAGUGAAACUGUUGUUUUAAAGGAUCAUUCUGCUGAUUUUCUGUGCGAGAAAUACGGAGAAUCACCAGAUUGAUCCUUUAACGUUGAAUCUAAUCAGAUUCUGAGCUGAACUACAGUCUGAUGUUCACUGAAAACUGUUUUUUUUUUCAUCCAUUCUUAACUGAAAUGUAGAAUAUACUUUUUAAAAUAACAAUAUUUAUUCCUUGUCAGCUGAUACAAGCCUGAGAUUACAGUUAAUAAAGCAACACUUGUAUUGAUCCGGUUCAUGAAUUCUUCCAGUUUCUCUGUUUAAUACUUUCUGCUUCCGUCAGGUUUGCAGUGAACAUUCGCUGUGACGUCGCUCUGAUCUGAUCGUCUGUUAAACGCUGAAAACAUUUAAAUAUCGACACCACAACAAACUUGUUCAAUCAACUGUUUGUUGUUUUCAUCACAGCUGUGAGACGACCGUAGACGGUAUAUAAAUAUGGACGUAGUUACCGUGACGACACUCG